GAAAAAGCUACGGCGAAGGCCUUUGGGCCCCGAGCGCGUCUGGUGCCAUGCGACCGGCCCCACCGGCAGAAUCGAGGCCUUUGGUGGUCCAGCAGCCAGUGGCGCCGAACGGCUCCUGUGAAGUUGGCCUCUAUGAGGAGAGCGAGCCUGAGGAGCAGGAGGAAGCCUACAUCAGCAUCGAGGUCCGCUGCGAGACUCAGCCGGAGGAGGCUGUGGCCAUCAGCGGCUCCGACUGGCAGUUGGGCAGCUGGAACCCCCAGCAGUCCUGGUAUCUCAACACCUCGCCCGAGUCGUAUCCGGUUUGGAAGGACAGGAUCCCGAUGCCGUCGCCUGGUGGACAGUUCAAGGUCUUCAUCAAGAACACAGUGGGCGAGUUCGUCUGGGAGGGCCUGCCCUGCAACCGCACCUGGCCCCGGUGCGGCCUCACAGCUGACACGGAGGUGAAGCUCACGUACGGGGAGAGCGGCAUGACCACCGUCUCCCUGGGCCACGCGAAGGAGAGCGCCAAAGAACUCAGGGAAGCCAAGCUUCAAGCCAAGAAGAAGGCCGAGGCCGCCCGUGCAGCGAAGGCCGCCGCUAAGGCAAAAGCCCUGGCAAGCGUGCCGCGGCUCGGAUAUGCGGAGAGGUGAUGUAGGGGAGAAGCAGAAGUGGAAAGAGCAGGGUUUCCAAGUCAG